CUCGGGAUGAGGGCGCAACAUGCACAAACGAUAACUUCCUUUUUGUACGUGGAACAUUCGGAGGUUCUAUUCAUACAGGAUCUUUCCUGUAUUUUUCAUUAAAAUGGGUUUUGUAAAAGUUGUUAAAAAUAAGCAGUAUUUUAAACGUUACCAAGUCAAAUUCAAAAGGCGACGUGAAGGAAAGACUGAUUAUUAUGCACGCAAAAGAUUAACUAUUCAGGAUAAAAAUAAAUAUAAUACCCCCAAGUAUAGACUAAUAGUACGUCUAUCAAACAAGGAUAUUACAUGCCAGGUUGCAUAUUCAAGAAUCGAGGGAGAUAGAAUAGUAUGUGCAGCAUAUAGUCAUGAACUUCCCAAGUAUGGUGUUAAAGUUGGCCUUACUAAUUAUGCAUCUGCAUAUUGCACAGGUCUUCUUUUAGCUCGUAGAUUGCUGAAAAAAUUGGGUCUAGACACAUUGUAUACUGGAACAACAGAAGUAACGGGAAAUGAAUAUAAUGUUGAAGAAUCGGAUAAAGGACCUGGAGCAUUCAGGUGUUACUUGGACACUGGUCUUAUGCGUACAACUACGGGUGCUAGAGUUUUUGGUGCCAUGAAAGGUGCUGUUGAUGGUGGUCUUAAUAUUCCACAUAGUACCAAGAGGUUUCCUGGAUAUGAUAGCGAAUCAAAAUCAUUUAAUGAUGACGUCCAUCGACAACACAUUUUCGGACAACACGUUGCAAAUUAUAUGAGAACAUUGGAAGAAGAGGACGAUGAAGUUUUUAAGAGGCAGUUUUCACAAUAUAUUAAAAACGGCAUUACUGCCGAUAGCAUCGAGGGUAUAUAUAAAAAUGCUCAUGAAGCGAUACGAAGUAAUCCUGAACACACGAAGACUGUAAAAGAAAAAGUACCUGUGAAAAAACGAUGGAACCGCGCAAAAUUAUCUUUGUCGGAAAGAAAGAAUCGUGUCGUCCAGAAAAAAGCUUCAUUCCUCAAGAAACUGGAAGAAGUGGAGGUUUAAGUUCGUCGUCAGUCGUCA